AUGUAUCCCCACAUCAUAAGUAACUCGCAGAUUCGCGAUCUCUUUUUAGAGGCGUCCCAAGGCAAAUUGGUCGACUAUAUUACUCAAUUACAUAAAGCCUUGCAACGGUACUCGAAAAACCCCGGCAUUGUUCCUUCAAGAUUCGUGCAGCCUACUCCAGAUGGGAGCACUACCCACUUCAACAUGCAGGUAUUAGACGACGUCUACUGCGGUGUGAAAACGCUGGGGUACAAUCCCGCUAAUGGGUCUGGGUUUGAGGGAGUGGUCAUUGUCACAGACCCAAAAUCCGGCCGUUUGAAGGGUGUUGCUGAGGUCAAAGAGUUGACUGGGGUAAGAACGGCCAUGUGCAGCUGCAUUGCACUGCUACGUCAGCUACCGCUUUUCGAAGAAUCGGUGAAGAUCGCUGUGUUUGGUACCGGACUGCAAGCGUUCUGGCACGCCUACAUAUGCUGCAAGCUUCUGGAAGGUAGAAAAAUAACCGUUAGUUUUGCGUACCGGUGUACUCCAAUGGACACCACGGUGCUGCAACAAAAGAUCCCAGACCUGAACAUCAUCCAAAUGCCGCUUGGCGACCAAAUCGGAAUAUCGAAGCUUGUGUGCGAAAGUAACAUUAUUUUCGGCUGCAUUCCAUCCACCGUGCCAGGCAUUUUGAAAAAACACUUGGAUCAGCAGUGUGGGCCAAGUUACACUUACAUCUCACUGAUUGGUAGUUACAAGAGCCACAUGCACGAGUGCGACACGCUGCUGGUUGAGGAGUUCAAACAGCAGGGAGCACAGAUUCUCGUGGACUCCAUUGAGCACACGCUUGCAGAAGCUGGCGAGCUGAUCGAUGCGCAAGUUGAGGCCCAGCAGCUCCUCGAGCUGGGCCAAUUGGACCGAGCCGCGUCUGUUGUACCAGCUGCUCACGUGGGUGGCCAUAGAAAAGUGACAAUGUGUAAAAUAGUCGGUUUGGCAGUCAUGGACGUCAGCGUUGCACAAGCAGUGCUCGUCGAAAUGGGCCAGUGA